AGCAUGUUGUACUUCCAGGUGGUGAUUCUUGUGGCCACGCUCAUGCUGGUGUACUACUGCGAGUUCACGGACACGUUCAGACCCGUGCUCCAGGGCUUCGCGUGCAGAGACCCAGCCCUGAGUAAACCCGACCCGGGACCGGAGCAGAGCAGCCGGGUGCAGCCGGUCGUGCUCUACUCGGUGGUGUGGGGGCUGCCCGUCGUGCUGAUCUCUGGAGUGGAGCUGGUGCUGUUCCUAUUCCAUAACUCGGCUCACCUGUACGACCAGGACAAGGUGGUGAUGGUGGGAGACUGCUGCUACGUCAACCCCAUGGUGCGCCGGACCUUCCGCUUCAUUGGCGUAUAUGCGUUCGGCCUCUUCUCCACGGACAUCUUCGUAAACGCGGGCCAGCUGGUAACAGGAAGUCUGACCCCUCACUUCCUGUCAGUGUGCCAGCCCAACUACACGGCUCUGAGCUGCCAGGACACGCCCCUGUUCAUCAGCCAAUCAGAAGCCUGCACCGGACCCGCUCCCGAUGUGACCAGAGCGCGCAAGUCCUUCCCUUGCAAAGAGGCAGCGCUGAGCCUCUACACGGCGCUCUACCUGACUGUGUAUGUGAUGUCCUGUGUGGGCACUCGUGCGGGGCGUCUCUCUGCUCCUCUGCUCUGUCUGUCUCUGCUCACUCUGGCCCUGCUCACCGGCUUCAACAGAGUGGCCGAGUAUCGCAACCACUGGAGCGACGUCAUCACCGGACAGGCUGUAGGGGGCGCCGUCGCUGCCUUCCUGGUGGUGUUUGUGGUGCACGUGUUCAGAGAGGACCCAGAGGAGAUGAUCAGGAGCACCUCAGAUAACACCAUCCACACAGAGGAGCACGUCCCUCACAUCAACCACAUCGACGACGACGAUGACAAGUACAUCAUGGCACAGUCUCCGGGAUCCUUCAAUGAGGUCACAUGACUAUGACUCAACACGGUCCACCACACCACCGCCGAAGCUGCUACUGCCCGUCCACUUUCAUUUGUGUAGUACUUUUAACUAUGCACUGCUGACUACGCAGUACUGUACACUGAAUAACUGAAUACGAUACUAGUGUAAAUAUUCUCAUUCUCUUCCUUUUUCUGUACCACACCGUUAGAACUGUAUAAGAAACGUGUCUCAUCAGACCCACAUGUGCCCCAUCCCCUGGUGCCUGCAUCAUAUCGAGUGUGGAAGUGGAUCUUUUUUACGUCCAUGAUUCUUUUUUUAAUAUACUACAACACAAAACUGCCAUGAUUUGUAAAAACUGUCUAUAUGAAUCCAACACACGUUUUUGAUUUUGUUUCAUUUUGGUUCUUUUUAUUGCACUGAAAAACUUGAAAACCAUCCUUUCUCUGAGCGGGCUUGCACUCCCACAAACCUGACUCUUAUCUGACCCUAAGAAGGACCUCCUCCUGCUUGUUUCCAUGGAAAUGUUGUU